UACAUGGUUUUGGAUUUGUACGGGCAUUGAUUUUGACAGCUUAAAAUGUGGAUACUAUGAUACUGAAGGUAUGACUCUUUUGUAUACUGUCAUUGGAGUCGGCGCACUCAUCUGCCUCAGUGUGAAUUUCACAGAAGGAGGUACGGCUAAGUCACCGUUGCGGUUGGUAAAUGGUAGAAACAGAUAUCAGGGAAGAGUUGAAAUAUUCCAUGACGGUCGGUGGGGCUCAGUCUGUAGUGACACGUUUAGUCAAUACGAGGCACGUGUUGUCUGUCGAACCCUAGGCCUCGAAAGUUCUAGAGCAAUAGUUUAUAAAAAUGCUGAAUUUGGAAUAAACAGCAAGGUAAUAUGGUUGGAUGACGUCAACUGCAACGGAGACGAACAGCAUCUAGACCAGUGCACGUUCGGGGCCUGGGGGAACAGCAGGUGUGGGUAUAAUAAGGACGUGGGAGUCACAUGCGAUUUACCUAUACGAUUAGAGAAUGGAGGAAUUCCAUCACAAGGUCGAGUUGUGGUUAAGAUGGACGGAUCAUGGGGAACUGUCUGUGAUGAUUCCUUUGACGAGAAGGACGCUAGAGUCGUGUGUGCGAUGAUGGGAUUUAUUGGAACAGGAUCUCGAGCCGUCGGUCAUCAUCGUUUUGGAUUAGGUGAAGGGAUAGUCCUGUUUAAUCAGCUAAAUUGCACUGGGGAAGAAGAGUCCAUACUCUCGUGUCCAGGUCGGCCUAUAGGUGAUCCAUACUGUGGACAUAUACACGAUGCAGGAGUUAUCUGUAACAUAGUACAAUUAGUGAAUGGAGGAAUACCAACACAAGGAAGAGUUGAGAUUAAAUUCAACGGCGCGUGGGGAACUAUCUGUAGUGAUUCAUUUGACGAGAAGGACGCUGCAGUUAUUUGUGCCAUGCUGGGAUUUAGUCGAACUGGCGCUCAGGCUGUCAGACAUGCUGGUUUUGGUCGCCGUAAAGGACCAAUCUUCUUUAAUGACCUAGGUUGCGAUGGGAGUGAAAAGUCCAUACUGUUGUGUAGAGGCGGCCUAUUUGAUAAAACAAACUGUCAACGUGGAGGCAAUGUCGGUGUUUUCUGUGAGACAGUUAAACAAUCCCCCCCGUUUCCAGUACGACUUGUCAACGGAAAUGGAAUUCCAACACAAGGCCGAUUUGAGAUGCUGCUGAACGGCCUAUGGGGAACCGUCUGUGAUGAUUCAUUUGACAAGCGUGAUGCUGGAGUAAUGUGUGCCAUGGUGGGAUUCAGUCGAAGUGGAGCGGUGGCUGUGAAACGUGCCGGGUUCGGACAAGGUUCGGCGGCUGUGUUCUUCAAUCACCUAGAUUGCAAUGGGACUGAAUCAUCCAUCUUCGACUGUGCCAGAGACCAUAUAGGUCAUAAGCUCUGUAACCACUCUAAGGAUGCAGGUGUUCGCUGCCAGCCACUGCCUGAUGUUAAUGUAAGGUUAGUCAAUGGAGGAUUUAGUAACCAAGGUCGAGUGGAGGUUAAAUUCAACAGCACAUGGGGAACCGUCUGCCAGGACGAGUUCGAUCACAGGGAUGCAGCAGUUAUCUGUGGCAUGAUGGGAUUCAGUAGAACUGGAGCUCAGAUUGUGAGUAAUGCAGGUUUUGGAGAAGGUACGGGACCCAUUUAUAUUGACGACUUAUCUUGUGGAGGCUUUGAAAAGUCAUUUGUACAAUGUGGACAUAACCCUAAUAAUAAAGUCAAUUGUAGACACGAGGAAGAUGUAGGUGUCCGCUGCCAAAUUGCAUCGGUACCAGUGCGAUUAGUGAACGGGGGCCACUCAACACAAGGUCGAGUUGAAAUUAAGAUCAACGAUACGUGGGGAACUGUUUGUGAUAUACACUUUGAUGACAAAGAUGCUGGGGUCAUUUGUGCCAUGAUGGGAUUCAGACGAACUGGAGCACAGGCUGUGACAGGUGCUGGUUUUGGGCAAGGUUCGGGCUCCAUCUACCUUAGUGAAUUAGCUUGUACAGGGAGUGAACUGUCCAUUGUGUCAUGUCCAGGGACACCCAUUGGUCAAACCCAUUGUACACACUCAGAGGAUGCCGGUGUCCGCUGCCAAACAUUUGCUACAUCUAACAUACGACUGGUCGAUGGAGGAAUGCCAACACAAGGUCGAGUUGAGGUCAAGAUCAACGGGGCAUGGGGAACUGUCUGUGAUGCUGCAUUUGAUAACAAAGAAGCUGAAGUUAUAUGUGCUAUGAUGGGGUUCAGUCGAACAGAAGCUCAAGCUGUCAGAAGGGCUCACUUUGGUCGAGGUUCUGGACCCGUGUUACUUGCUGACCUAGCUUGCACAGGGACUGAAACAUCCAUAUUUGAGUGUUCCCGUGUAGGUACAACAUACUGUUUCCAUGCAAAAGAUGCAGGUGUUAUCUGCAAGACAGUGACAGGUACUUCCUCACCAGUGCGGUUGGUGGGUGGUAACAACAGCUAUGAGGGGAGAGUUGAAGUUUUCCAUUAUGGGCGGUGGGGAUCAGUCUGCCGUGAUGGUUUUGGAGUGGAAGAAGCUCGGGUCGUCUGCCACAGUUUAGGCUUCCUGAGUUUUUAUGCGAUUACAUUUGAAAAUGCUCACUUUGGAGAAAGUACAGGACCGAUAUGGCUUGAUGAUGUUGAUUGUACAGGGAAUGAGACCGUUUUGGACCAGUGCUCGUUUUCUCACUGGGGGAAACACAACUGUGAACAUAACAAAGAUGUGGGAGUUAGCUGUCCAUAUGGUCCAGACUCGGUUACCUACAGCAGUUCAAGAGAAAGUGAUUUUGUCAGAGAAGGAGACACUAUAACUUUAGAAUGUAUCACUAACUGUAAUCCAUUAUGUUCCUACUUCUGGAUACACGGAAGUGAAACCAUCGUAUCGAACCCUACGUUAACACUAACACAUAUCACUAGACAACAGAAUGGAAACUUAUACAUGUGCACAGUGAGGAAUACGGCUAUACAGAAAGAAACAAGUGUCCAUUUCCUGUUGACAGUUUUUUUUGGUCCAGGCACUGUCAACACCACAUUCAGUCCACAUCUUCCUAGUGAUAUCAGAGAAGGGCAGAAUCUGAAUGUGAACUGUUCCGCUGAUUGUAACCCUCCAUGUUCCUACUCUUGGAAAAUAGGAAAUCAAGUGUUGAGUAAAACUUCGAGAUUAAACCUGGUGAACAUCAGUCGGAGUCAGACAAACAAUAUAUACACGUGUAUAGUGAAAAAUACUGCUAUAGAGAAAUCAAGAAGUCACCAGUUCAAUUUCACUGUUCACUAUGGUCCAAACGCUGUAGGUUUCAGUGGACAGUCACCUGGUAAUGUAAGGGAAGGUGAAAACUUAAGUGUUAACUGCUCUGCGGACUGCAGCCCUUCAUGCUCGUACUCCUGGUCACUGGGGGAUGAACUCAUCACAUCCAGUGCUUGGUUAACACUGUUCAACAUCAAGAGGAGUGAAAUGGGGAAUGUGUACAAGUGUACUGUGAAGAACAUGUUAACAUACAAGUCGGCAAGAAAUCAGUUCCAUCUUACAGUUUAUUAUGGUCCAGACGCUGUAGGUUUCAGUGGACAGUCACCUGGUAAUGUAAGGGAAGGUGAAAACGUAAGUGUUAACUGCUCUGCGGACUGCAGCCCUCCAUGCUCCUACUCUUGGUCACUGGGAGAUGAACUCAUCACAUCCAGUUCUUGGUUAACACUGACCAACAUCAAGAGGAGUGAGGUGGGGAGUGUGUACAAGUGUACUGUGAACAACACUCUUACACACAAGUCGGCAAGAAAUCAGUUCCAUCUUACAGUUUACUUUGGUCCAGACACUGUCAAUAUCACAUUCAGUGCAAAUGUACUUAAUGAUAUCGGAGAAGGACAGAAUCUGAAUGUGAACUGUUUCAGUGACUGUAACCCGCCAUGUUCCUACUCCUGGCAGCUGAGGAAUAAAGUGUUGAGUACAACUUCCAGAUUAAUCCUGACGAACAUCAGUCGCAAUCAAAUGGGGAAUAUAUACACGUGUAUAGUGAGCAAUACUGCUACACAAAAGUUGAAAAGUCACCAGUUCAGUUUGCCAGUUUACUAUGGUCCAGACGCUGUAGGUUUCAGUGGACAAUCACCUGGUAUUGUAAGUGAAGGAGAAAACUUGAAUGUUAACUGCUCUGCGGACUGCAGCCCACCAUGCUCCUACUCCUGGUCACUAGGGGAGGAACUCAUCGCAUCCAGUGCUUGGUUAACACUGACCAACAUCACGACGAGUGAAACGGGGAAUGUGUACACGUGUACUGUGAAAAACACUCUAACAUACAAGUCGGCAACAAAUCAGUUGCAUCUCACAGUGUACUAUUCACCCAGAUUAGACAACCGGGUACCAUUCCAGAAAGAAGUUUUGACCUCAAUCGGUAGUAAUGUAAUUCUGAAGAUACCUGUAACUGCCAAUCCGACACCAACAUUCACCUGGUACAAACUGACUUCAGAAACAAAAUAUAAGCUGACGUCUGGCGAUUUAACUACAACUGAUGACUCUGCUGUUGGAACUUACACAUUAAAUAAUGUUAAGGAUGGAGACUUAGGGAUAUACCAAGUGAUUGUGUCCAACGGAGAUCUAGGAAAUGAUCUUGUGGUAAACGUCACAGUUAUUGAAGAAUCAUUGAGUAUAGAAGCCAUUCGUCAGAAUGUAAACACAGUGCAAUUGGUCGCGGUCUGUGUUGGUGCAUUAGUCGUCUUGUUGCUGAUUGUUGUUGGACUUGUUUAUCACUACAAACAUAAGAAACAAGGAACGACUAAAAAAGAACAUUUAUAUGAUGCAAGUGAACCAAACCAAGAAGUAAACCAUUAUGACAAUCCGACGUAUCAAACUGGCACCAUGUUAGAUGAUUCGAGAAAUGCAUCUGGCAAUUAUGACUCAACUGCGGACAGGGAUCAAAUGAUUUAUAAAAAACCAGAAAUGCAUGAACAAGGUAAUAUGACAGAAGAUUUAGUAAACGGAGAAAAGAACAAGUCGAUUGUCGAAUCUCACAGGACAUUCACCAUGCAACGCACCAUUCAUCUGCGGAAACUAGGGUCAACUCAAAUAAGAUUUUAAUGGCAAAUCCAUAAAUGCACCCAGCACAGUCGUAUGAGUAUUUAAAUGAAGGUUCCUAUGGCUGUUUCCCCACUAAGGGCACUGGAGUGAUUACGAGACUUGAAAUAUAAUAAGGGCCGUGUUACCAACAUUAGCUAUAAUGAGCGAUGUUUUUGGAUGUUGUUUACAAAAAAUAUAUAUAUAUAUAUAUAUAUAUAUAUAUAUAUAUAUAUAUAUAUAUAUAUAUAUAUAUAUAUAUAUAUAUAUAUAUAUAUAUAUAUAUAUUGCUUUACAAAUAUAUUAUUUAUGGCUACGUAACGAUAAUUCAGUAAUUUACCAACUUAUCAAUAACAAGCUGAGUGUGAUGAUAAUGUAUCAUGUUGAAUAAAGUACAUUUGUGGACGAAUAAAGUCUAUUUAUUUUCAGGCAA